AUGCUGAGAAGCUUGUUUCUGAUUUCAUUGUUGGUUAAUGCAAUAGUAGCCCAGAAACUUGCACCUGCAAAUGCCCCUGCCCCUGCCCCUGCCCCUGGACCUCAAGUCCCUGCCCAGAAAUGGUCGACAUUAAGUGGAAAAGAGCCUCUUGUAAUAGCCCGAGGUGGUUAUAGUGGACUAUUCCCAGAAGGAACUCCUGACGCCAUUGCGCUAGCACGAGACAUGAGCAUUUUAUUGUGCAAUCUUCAGUUGACAAGAGAUGGCGGUGCCUUUUGUCUAACGGGAUCUGCACUUGACAAUGCAACAACUAUAGAAUACUUCGAUCAGAAGCAGAACACCUACAAUAUUGAUGGGAAGGACGUGAAAGGACACUUUUCAGUGGAUUACACAGCCGAUCAGGUUGGCAUGAAUAUAUCAGUGAUUCAGGCCAUAUAUUCCCGACCCAGUUCUUACGAUGGUCUUGAGCCGGUUCUUAAUCUUGAUGCUCUACUAAGCUCAAAAUCUCCACCAAGGUUUUGGUUGAAUGUUCAGAAUGCAGCAUUCUACAAGGAAAGAGGACUAAAGGUGGAAGAUAUUGUUUUGGAAUUAUUGAAUGCCUAUCAAAUAGAUUUUGUUUCAUCUUCAGAUAUGGCUUUCUUGAAGAGUGUCGGUGAGAAAUCAAAAAAGGGAUCUAAGGUCGUCUUUCAACUUCUUAAUGCUAAGGAGGUGGAGCCUUCAACCAAGAAGCCCUAUGAAAGUGUCGUGAAAGAUCUUGCCACAAUCAAAUCAUUUGCAUCAGGCAUAAUGGUCCCGAAAGAUUACAUAUGGCCCGUUAAAGCAGACAAAUAUCUGGGACUUCCCACCACAGUUGUGGCUGAUGCCCAUAAAUCAGGACUAGAAGUUUAUGCUUCUGGUUUUGCUAAUGAUUUUUUGGCUAGCUAUUCUUAUAACUACGAUCCUACCGCUGAGUACCUUCAAUUUUUCGACAAGGGAGAGUCAGUUGAUGGUGUUGUCACUGAUUUCCCAUCAACAGCAUCAAAUGCCAUAGUUUGCUUUGCACACAACAACACCUUGCCCGAAAAAGGACCAACUUUGGUCAUAAGCAACAACGGAGCAAGCGGAAUUUAUCCAGGCAGCAGUGAUCUUGCAUAUCAGCAAGCAAUAGAUGACGGUGCUGACAUUAUAGAUUGUUCAGUUCAAAUGACAAAAGAUGGAAUUGCCUUCUGCUCAAAUAGCACAGACAUAGGCCCAGAUACCACCGCAUUAACUAAAUUUUUCUCUAGAUCUUCCAGAGUCCCAGAAAUUCAACCAAAAAGUGGAAUUUUCUCCUUUGACCUUACAUGGAGUGAGAUUCAGACAUUAAAACCUCAAAUUGUUAAAAGCGGCGAUUUCCAAAGAAACCCGGCAAACAGAACCAGCGGUAAAUUAGUCACCCUCCAAGAAUUUCUGGAGUUAGCCAAGACAAAGGGAGUUCCUGGCGUUUUGGUAAACAUUCAGAAUGCGGCGUACCUUGCAUCAAAAAGGGGACUUGACAUUGUAGAUGCUGUGAGCAGUGCUUUAAAAAAUGCCACCUUGGACAAGCAGCAAGUUCUGGUUCAAUCAGAUGACAGCUCGGUCCUAUCCAAAUUUAAAGAUAACCCGUCAUACAAAAGGGUUAUGUUAUUGAAUGAAAGAAUGGGCGAGGUACCAAAAAAAACAGCGGAAGAAAUAAAGAAGUACGCGGAAGCAGUAAAUAUUCCAAAAAACUCUGUCAUCGAAGUAUAUUCCUCUUUCUUAUAUCGAUUUACAAAUGUUGUUAAAGAGUUGAAAGAAGCAAACGUCACAGUAUUCGUCCGUACUCUCAAAAAUGAAUACACGACACUCGCAUUCGACUACUGGUCAGACCCUAAUGUCGAGAUUGCUACUUACAUCCAAGCUGCUAUGGUUGAUGGAAUAGUCACCGAUUUUCCAGGCACUGCUAGUAGAUUCAUUAGUGAGUCAUUCGAAUCUCAACGACUCUCUUCAUCUUUGCAAACAAUAAUUCCAGUAACUACGAGGAGCCCCUGUAGCGAUAUGAAUAAUGAACUUGCUAUCUUACCAGCUAGGCCUGGUGAGCUAUUGAAAACUAUUCCACCUGAGGAACAGCCAGCAGCACAGGCACCUCUCCCUCCCCUUGAGAUUGAAAACGUUGUUGACCCACCUCUUCCUUCAGUCACUAAAGCUUCCGAUUCGAAUCACCCUGGGCCUGCUGCUGAUGCAACACCAGCUGCCGCUGCCGCUACCGGUUCCAACGAUACUGCACCUUCAGGUGCCAGGGCAAAUGUCGCAAACUCUGGCCUUUCCCUGGUAGCCGCCAUUUUGGUACUUGCUAUGGUCUUGGAUCGUCAUUAA